GCUGGUAGAAGAGAACUGAUACGAAGAAGCUUCAGCCUUUGCGUGCCAACUGCUUGCUCCGCCGGCCAUGGUGCCUUGCGUGGCGCUGCUCAGCCUUCUCGGAUUCGCAGUUCUGGCAGGUGAUCUAUUUUGCAGCUUUGAUCAUGGUGAGAUAUAACCCAAUGAAUUAGAUUAGGUUUAGAAAUAAUGACUUACCCAGAAACAUAUGUAUAUCUCAGCCCUCUGUAGCAUCAAAGCUACAAACUGAUUUUGAAACGAAGGCAUUCAUUCAGCUCCAGUGGAAAAUGAUGAUCAUACUGGAGAAAUGAUAACCCGAUGUAUUAUAGAAGUCCUUUUGAACAGUUUAUCAAAAGACAAUUCUCCGCUUAUUAAUCCACAGUGCAAGGAGCUUCUGAAAAAAGGUGAACAACAACAAAAAGAGAAAAAUAUACAGCAAGGCAUGGAACUUGGCGCAAGAACUUUAUCUGAAUCAGAAGAAUUAAGAAAGCAGUCAGAAGGGACUGUGAAGGAACAACAAGAUGUGAGUGAAGAAGAGUUUAAGAGACAGGCAGGAGGAGAUGCUAAGUGGCAUCAGGAAACGAAGAAAUAUGGGGGAAGCCCUAAAGAAGAAGAAAAGAAUGAGAAUGAAAAAGAAGCUGAGGAAGAUAGUUAUAAAAGAAAUCAUCACAAUGGCGAUGGAGGCAAAGAAAAGAAAGUCAGUAAAGAAGUAGAAUCUGAGCCUCUAGAGAAAAAGUCAGUUCUUACAUCUGGAAAAAUGGAUGAGGAUGAUUACAAGCAUUCCCAUGGCCAAAAGUAUGUGGAAGAAAUAAUUCAGAGUCAAGAAAGGGAAAAUGAAGACAAUGAGGAGGAGGAGGAAGAGGAAGAAGAGGAAGAGGAGAGUAAUGAAAAGUAUCAUCAUAGUUUUCAUGAAGAAUUUGAAGAUUCUUCAGAGAAGGAUGGUGGUGAAACAAAGAAGCAAGGCCACAAAUCAGGACAUUACCGAAGAAAACCAAGAUUGGGUAAGUCCUCUGAAUACAACAGCCAUCAUAUUGGUGAAAAAAGGGGCUCAUCUGAAGAGCCUAGUGAGGAAGAAAGUGAAUUUUGGGCUAAAAGGAGUCAUCACCCCAACCAUUAUGAGAGAGAACAUUACUUUGUGGAACCAAGAAAUGCUGUUGAAAUGCAUAGGUCCGAGGCAAUGGAGAGAGAGAGCAGAAACAAAGGAUAUUGGGAUCCCAGCCAAGAGGACAGUGAUGAAGACAUGAAGCAUCACAGUGAAGAAAAUGAAAGGAAACAGUAUCAGUAUAUGAGGAAAAGACUUUUUGAUGGACCAUCAAGGGAGAUCAGACAUCACCACGAAGUAAGAGUCCCUUACAGCAAAGCAAGGCAGGAAAAUGGAGGUACGAAACAAAGCCAUGAUAGCUUAGAUGAGAAGCGGCACCAUGACCAACCAAAUGUACAGCUAGAGAUGGCAAAACCACAAAACAAGGAGAGAGAAGAUGGAGAGCAACGACUCAACAGCCAAGAAGCCAGAGAAGAAAAGCACUAUCCUAAUAAUGAUGGAGAGCUAGAAACUCCACACUACAGUGAGAGAGGAAAACACUUUGAUAAUAAAAGAACUCUUCUGCUAGAGGAGGGCUACCCAAGAAGCCACUAUCUUGUAGAAAAUGUAAAAAGAGCUUUAAAUCCAUAUUAUUACCAACAGCCCAGGUGGAAAAGCAGAUCUGUGGACAAGAACGCUGACAUCAUCAACCCACUGUUGGAGAGUGAAGAAGAACGCAAGUCCCACUUGAAUAAGAGGGAAUUCUUUCCUGAAUAUAAUGAUUAUGAUUUGUGGGAGAAGAAGCAGGUCCUGGAUAGCUUAAACCCCAAACAGGACAACAGUAACAAUCCUGAAAGGCUAUACAAACCUGAGAUAAAAAGGCAGUAUGAUAGAAUGGAUGAGUUGGCCCAUCUUCUGAGCUACCGGAAGAAAUCGGCAGAAUUUCCAGAACUGUACAACUCAAAAGAAGACAUUGAAAGGGGACACGUAAUAAGAAGUGGCAAGGACAAAUUUCACCAGAGGCCUCUGACACCAGAAGAGGAGAAAGAACUGGAAAACCUGGCUGCUAUGGAUUUGGAACUGCAGAAGAUUGCUGAAAAGUUCAACAAUAAUCAGAGAGGAUAAAUUUUAUUUGACGUAAUGUGGUAUGGUGAAGAGUAGCUUUAUUUAAAGUAUCCCAUAUUUAUUAGUAAAGUCACUGCCUCAAAUGUUGUUCUUCUCCCUAAUUAGAAAUAGUUUAACCUUUAAAUAUAUACUUUAUACCAGUACAAAGCAUCCUUCUGUUCUAAAAGAUUUGUUCAGAUCAGCAUGAAUUUUUGCCUUCUGAAUUUUGAAAUGUAUGAGGAUAAUUUGUGUGUGCGUUCUUCAGAAAUAUAUUAUCUCAGUAGAAAAUAAUAAACUUUACAUUGUCUAUAUAGUUAACUGCACGUGCUCCUACAUAGCUUGUUUAUGAUUUACGCAGUUAGAUUCAUCAGAGGAGACACAGUAACAUACUUAUAAGUCUAUAUUGGAACUAAUUUUUUGUUCCUUAUAAAAUUAGUAUAUUCAAUAGUACCUUAAAAUCAACUUUGGGAGGCUGACAACACCAAAAUAGAUGCACCAUCUAUUCCUAUAUUGUUAUAAGACAAAUUGAAGUCUCACAGCUUAUGAAAAAGAUACACUGACUGCAGCUCUCUCAUAAAAGCAUUGAAUGUGGUUUUUAAACUAUCCCCAAAAUUUCUAUGGAACUGUAUUUUUAAAGUCAUUGAUACAUAAGUGUUUAGCUACAUAAUUGCUGUCUUCAGUUAUUUAUAAAUAUAAAAUAGGUGGGCUUAAAAGAAACUAAAAUAAAUGUUCACAGCA